UCUGACGUCAUCUAGAGGGCGCUAAUAUACAUAAACAUACCGGAUGUGAAUUGCCAACAGCCUCAAGAAGAAGACGGGGAGCCACAAACGGGAUUUUCAAUGAAACAAUGCUUCUUCUGAGAAUGCAUUAAAGAAGCAGAGCUGGUCCUGCUGAGCAUCAUGGCUAACCAGAGAGUGCUCCCUCAGAGCAAGGAGACUCUGCUGCAGAACUACAACAAGAGGCUCAAAGACGACAUCAAGUCCAUCAUGGACAACUUCACGGAAAUCGUCAAAACUGCAAAGAUAGAGGAUGAGACUCAGGUAUCGCGACCCACUCAAGCAGAGCAAGACCACUAUGAGAUGCACGUCAGAGCUGCAAACAUCGUUCGUGCCGGCGAGUCCCUGAUGAAACUGGUGUCCGAUCUGAAACAGUUCCUGAUCCUGAAUGACUUUCCCUCGGUGAACGAUGCCAUCAGUCAGCAGAACCAGCAGCUCCGUGCACUGCAAGACGAGUGUGACAAGAAGCUGACAUCGCUCCGAGAUGAGAUCGCUGUCGACCUCUAUGAGCUAGAGGAAGAGUAUUACUCCUCCAGGUACAAAUAGGCUCAGAUCCGCCCCAUCCUGCCGCUCCUGUGUCGUCCCAUUGCGUACUGUCUCAGCUUUGAACCCGGUUUAAAGGGUCUCGGUCAGAUCUAUUUAUUGAUCCAGACAGAUCAUCCACAACAUCCACACACAUCUCAGCUAAAGGUCAUAUUUACAUUUUCUCUAGUGUCUUCACGAUGUUACUGUUAAUCAAGUGCCUUGUGUUUUGUUUUGUUUUUUCCCAAAGUAAGGAUCUUAAAGGGGCAAACACUACAUAUCAACUUUACCCACAUAUCCAGUUCUCAGUCUGCUGGUCAACAUGUUUGUGACACACAUCUGUUUAAUGUUCAUCACGCAUUCUUCUGGUGGUACCUUCUAUAAACCAAAGAGAUUGAUGUCAAAAUGCUUUGCUAAAAUAUUCAUACUCCGCAAAUAUUGUCACAUUUUGUCACAUUGGAACCAAAAAUCUCUUUUAAUUUAUUGUGAUUUUGUGUGAUCAACCAACUUAAAGCCUGACAAAAUGAAAAUAAGUGGAGGAAAAAUUAUGCAUGUCUUUAAUAAUAUUUUGUAAAUAAAAAUCUGGACAUUAUGCCAUGCAUUUUGAAACAGCGUCUGAGGAUCAAUUUUCAAUUUAACUGUUGGUAUGAUACUCUGAACUCUUAUUGGAGGUUGAUGGAAGUUAGCUGGACAGAGCUAUUAUAACGUCUUAGGAUGUUUUGAUCUGAACAAUUGCAUUGUAGCCGUGGAUUUAUGUUGAGGGUUGUUGUCCUGCUGAAAGGUGAACCUCUACUUGAGCCUACAGUCUUUUGCAGGUGCUGACAUGUUUUUUUCAACCAUUGCCCUUUAUUUAGCUCCAUUCCACUUCCUUUCAACUAUGAGCAGCUUCUACAGCCCUGCAGAAGACAAUCACCCCCAAAGCAUAAUGCUGCCAACACCAUAUUUCACAAUGUAGACGGUUUGUGAGUUGCCUGGCUCACACAGUUUUACCAUUUGGAGAAAAAAUGUUGGGGUAUUUUUUUUUUCCUGUUUUGGGCUGGUGGAUUGAACUAAAACAGGUUAGGCGGUUGGUGGCACUUUAUUUUAUUUAGCUAUAUCAUGCCUCACUUUUCCUUCCCUUCACUACUUUAUCACAUAAAACCUUAAAUGAAAUGUGCCAUUUUUGUGGUUGCAACAUUGAAAUGUGCUAGGGUCAUGAAUAGCUUUGCAAGCCACUGUAUUUACUGCUGUUUUUAUUUUUGUUCGAACUUAGAACUCAAGAUCCAAUGGAUUUAUGAGACAUUUUAACUUUCAUGGCAGAGAUGAGAAUUGAAAUUGUAAAAAAAAAAAAAAAUCUAAAUUAAAUCUGUUUUACUCACUGAGUUGUUGGAAACAACACAAAGUUUUAUAUGAAGUUGGAAAAGAUAUUAGAAGAACUAAAGCAAUAUAAGAAUAUUUUUCUUGAAACAAAUGAAAAAUAGUCUGUGCUAUAAUUGAUUAAUUAUUUUGUACUGUUGAACCCAGACUGGUUUUAACUUAAACAAUUAGGUGGAAUCUACCCCUAGUGUUUUGAUGUAGAUGUGUUUUGAUAAAGACAAUUAAGCGCCAACGUUUGUAGUGUCCAUCCAAUCAGUCUGUAACCAUGUAAGCGGUUCACAGGACGUAAAAUGAUUGAGAAAUAAAGCGGAGAUAAAACGCUGAA